AUGACGGAGGCUCUGGUGAAGGCCGUGCAGAAGGGGGAUGAAGAUACCGUGAGGAGGCUGCUGACGGAGGGAGCGGACCCCUCGGCAUUGAACAAGAAGGGCUUGUCUGCACUGCAUGUUGCUGCUCGGGAAGGAGAUUCUUUUGUUUUGACCGCCAUCUUGGAGUCUCCUGCUAUCUUUAUCAACUCCCCAGAUCGGGACAAUGGCUUCACUGCGCUGUUGCAUGCGAUCUCCGGAUGCCAAGGGGAUCCCGCAACAGUUCGACAAACUCUGGGACAGACGGAUGUUGUGGCUUUGCUGCUCGGCAGAGGCGUCCCUCGCGAAGCUGUCAAUGCAUAUGGAGACACCCCGUUGCAUUUAGCUCUAAAGGAGGGGAAUGAGGAUACCGCGCUGAUGCUGCUGCAGCGGGGGGCAGACCCCAAUACCAAAGACGCUGGAGGCUCCACACCGCUCCACCUUGCUAUAGGGAAUCGUCUUUUAACUGCUGCACUGGCGAUUUUAGGCAACAAAAAAUUUACGAUAAAAGAGUGUGAAGAUGCUAAUGGCAAUACUCCCUUCCAUGUUGCUGCUGAGGAGGGUCUGAAUAACAUCAUAAAGCAACUGGAGGAAGCGGGGUUCUCCUCCCAAACUCCCAACAAUGCAGGUGGGCAGCAGCAGGAUCAGCAGCAGCAGCCAAGACGCAGCAGCAUUUGCUGUUCCUGGUAUAACAGGAGCAGCAGCAAACCAAUUAGCAGCAAGACGUGCUUCUUGUGUUUAGGCAUAACUCCUGCGGCGAUCAUCGAGCAGAGGAAACAGCAAAUGGAGGAAAGGGGCGAAAGGAAGCGACAGCAAGCAGCAGCAGCAAUGCAGCAAACAGAAGUAACAGCAUUUUGUACUGUUGCUGGUCUUCCUGCAACAGUACACGAAAUGUUUUUCAGAAAGAAAUUCUUCUAUGUUGAUGAGGCCUUUCUUACCCUUACUGAGGGAGAAUUGCGCAAGAUAGGUCUCAAUGCCGCAGAGCGGGUCGCCUUCAGCGAGGCUGUUGAAAAACACAAGCAGGAGGCGAUUAGACAGCAGGAGCUUGAGGCAGAGGAGAUAAGGCUUGCUGCAGCAAGCCAGACACGCCGACUUCGGAUUGUUGGAUGCGUCAUUGUACUUGUGACCUUCGCGCUGCUGUACAUCGGACUGCAGCUCGUCGUGCUGCGACAGCAGCGCUGA